CAGACUGGGCACACUUCAGCACCGUUGACAAGAAGGAAAGCCCUGCAAAGGGUAGCACACACAGCUGGAAGGAGAACACAAGGGUACAUUGCUGACAGAGAAGCAACGAUGGACCUGACUUCAGUUCUGUCCCUGGAAACCUGGGCCCUCCUGGCCAUCAGUCUGCUGCUCCUAUACAGAUUUGGGACCCGUAAACACGACAUUUUUAAGAAACAGGGAAUUCCUGGGCCUAAACCUCUGCCGUUUUUAGGAACUCUACUGAAUUACUACAAGGGUAUGUGGAAAUUUGAUAAUGAGUGCCGUGAAAAGUAUGGAAAAAUAUGGGGGUUGUUUGAUGGUCAGAUACCCCUGUUUACUGUCACGGAUUCAGAGAUGAUCAAGAAUGUACUAGUGAAGGAAUGCUAUUCUGUCUUCACGAACCGAAGGGAUUUUGGCCCAGUGGGGAUAAUGAGCAAAGCUGUUUCCAUAUCUAAGGAUGAGGAGUGGAAGAGACUGCGUGCCAUGUUGUCCCCCACCUUUACCAGUGGAAAACUCAAAGAGAUGUUCCCCAUCAUUGAACAGUAUGGAGAUAUUUUGGUGAAAUACUUGAGGAGAGAGGCAGAGAAAGGCAAGCCCAUCAUUGCAAAGGAAGUGUUUGGUGCCUACAGCAUGGAUGUGAUCACAAGUACAUCAUUUGGUGUAAACGUUGAUUCCCUCAACAACCCAAAGGACCCUUUUGUGGAAAAGGCCAGGAAGCUCAUAAGAUUAGAUUUUUUUGAUCCAUUAUUCAUGUCAGUAGUACUCUUUCCAUUCCUCACCCCAAUAUAUGAGAGGUUAAAUGUCACCAUGUUCCCAAAGGAUUCCAUAGCAUUUUUCAGAAAAUUUGUGGACCAAAUGAAGGAAAAUCGCCUGGAUUAUAACCAAAAGCACCGAGUGGAUUUCCUUCAGCUGAUGAUGAACACACAUGCCAAUUCCAAAGACAAAGAGUCUCACAAAGCUCUGUCUGACAUGGAGAUCCUAGCCCAGUCAAUUAUCUUUAUUUUUGCUGGCUAUGAUACCACCAGCAGCACACUUGCCUUCACCCUGUAUCUACUGGCCACUCACCCUGAUAUACAGAAGAAACUACAGGAGGAGAUUGACGCCACUCUGCCCAAUAAGGCACGUCCCAACUAUGAUAAAGUGAUGGAGAUGGAGUACCUGGACAUGGUGUUGAAUGAAACCCUCAGAUUAUACCCAUUUGGUAGCAGACUUGAGAGAGUCUGUAAACAAGAUGUGGAACUAGAUGGUGUGUUUGUUCCCAAAGGGUCCAUAGUAAUGGUACCAGUGUUUGCUCUUCACUAUGACCCACAGUACUGGCCAGAGCCUGAGGAAUUCCGCCCUGAAAGGUUCAGCAAGGAGAACAAGGGCAGUAUUGAUCCAUAUGUAUACAUGCCCUUUGGGAAUGGACCCAGGAACUGCAUUGGCAUGAGGUUUGCUCUCAUGAACAUGAAACUUGCUCUCACUAAAGUCCUGCAGAAUUUCUCCUUCCAGCCUUGUAAGGAAACACAGAUCCCAGUGAAAUUAAGCCGAAAAGCAAUGCUUCAACCAGAAAAACCCAUUGUUCUAAAGGUUGUGGCUCGGGAUGCAAUCAUAACUGGAGCGUGACUUUCCUUCGAGCACUUCUGCAUUCCUCAAGAAGGGGAUGUCUAAGAACACUGGAACACAAAACUUACUUCAUGAGUAAAAUCCAAAUGAAGAUGAGGCUUAAUCAACUUACUCUGAUGCAUGGUUAUGGAUUCAGUACACCCACUGAGCUUUCUCGGUAUUAAUACAGAGUACUAUCUAGUGUAAAGUAAAGUCAGUGACAGAAUGAGAAAUUCCUCUUUUUUGGUCCUCAUGGGGCCAUUUCCAUCCACAUCUUGUUGUCUCCAUCAAUUUCUUUUGAGCUCUCUUGAGAGUAACCAUGCCUCUGUAAUUUUAUCAAUAAUAAUUUUUAAUGAAAAUAUGACCCAUUGUGUUAACUCUUAUUGUAAAAUUGGUAUCAGGAUUCUUUAGUUGAAAUAGUCUACAAUAAAUGUUACACUGAAAAUGUAAACAUCUA